AUGUAUCACAACAACUCUAUCCGCAUCCUUACUGGGAACAGUCACCCCGAGCUCGCCCAGGCUGUGGCCGAGCGGCUUAAUGUCCCCCUCGUUCCCUGCACGGUCAAAAAGUUCUCCAAUGGCGAGAUCAACGUCAAAAUCUCCGAAUCAGUCCGCGACGAGGAUGUGUUCAUUCUCCAGUCUGGCUGCGGCGACGCCAACGACAACCUGAUGGAGCUCCUUAUUCUCAUUUCCGCCUGCAAGACUGCUUCAGCCCGACGAAUCACGGCGGUCAUUCCAUCUUUCCCAUACGCUCGUAUGGACAAGAAGGACCAAAGCCGUGCGCCAAUCACUGCGAAGCUUGUCGCCAACAUGCUCGUCGUUGCCGGCUGCGACCAUGUCAUCACAAUGGACCUCCACGCCAGUCAGAUCCAAGGCUUCUUCGACAUUCCCGUGGACAAUCUUUGGUCUGAGCCACUCAUGCUGACUUAUAUCAAGCGUCGCAUUGCUGGCUGGAAGAACAGCAUCAUUGUCAGUCCCGAUGCAGGCGGAGCCAAACGAGUGACAGCAAUCGCCGACAAGCUGAACGUCGAGUUCGCACUCAUUCACCGGAAGCGCGACACGAAGCACCAUAACGAGCCGGAACGAAUGGAAUUGCUGGUCGGUGACGUGAAAGACAAGGCACGGCGUUCAUUUCAGCUCCAUGCAUCCUUUAAUUUGCCUUUGCAGGUGGCGAUUCUCGUGGACGACAUGAUUGACACUGGCCAGACGCUGGCGAUGGCCGCGAAAGCGCUCCAAGAAAAGGGUGCCAAGGCAAUCCAUGUCCUCAUUUCGCAUGGGUUGCUCUCUGAGGCGAGUUUGGCUCUGGUUGAGCAACUCCCCAUCGCCGAGCUUGUGGUAACCAACACAAUCCCACAAACCAAUAACCGUGCAUUGUGCUCGAAGCUGAUGACGAUAGACGUGAGCCCGACGAUUGCGGAGAGUAUUCGGCGGACCCACAAUGGAGAGAGCAUCAGUUUGCUGUUUAAUGAGCGGCAGGAGACUGGCUCUUUUUCGGUGAUUUAG